AUGAAUAAAUACUUUAGAUACACUUACAUACUUUUAAUAAUCAUCUUAAUUGGAUCUGUUAAGUCCUCUGAUAAACUGCCAUCCCCAGAUGAUGAACAAGGUGAUGAUGAUGAAGAUAUUAAUUUUGACACAGUUGUAAGAGAAUUAGAAACACUAAUUGAAGAAAAAGAUCAUGAAACUUCUGGUGAUACAGUAGUUUCUGAUAAUCUUAUGCAACAUGGACUUGGGCAGAUUACUGGUAGUGGAUACACAUCACAACCACCACAACCACAGCCACAACCACAAGACCAAUCAGAAUAUCCUCAGGAUGAACGAAAAGAAGAAAAAGAUGAUGAAUAUAUUGAUGAUGAAAACUAUUUUGAUGAACGUGGUAGAUAUGUCGAAGGAUUUAAACGUGAAUGGUCACUAAUUAAGCCUCAAAUUCAUGUGUUACCAUUCACGUUAUUUUUGAAAAGAAAUUCGGACGGUGAUCUUAUACCAAUGAAUAAAUCAGAUCUACGUUUAAAAACGGAAAGUGACUAUUAUAUAAAAGUUGAAUUUGUGGGAAACUGUUCAAAAAUAUUCCAUAAUAAACAAUUUCUUUGGUCAAAAAAAGAAGGCCAUCCAUACCCAGUUGGCUUGGUUUAUAAAAAAGUAUAUAAGUUAUAUAAUAUUAUAUUGUAUAAUAGAAUAUUAUCAUUUAAAUUUAACGAACUAAAAUGGAAAAUGAAAGUUUUCAAUAUUCCAAAUAAUAUCAGUUUUUAUAGUCAGGACGAAGGUGAUAAUUAUGUUAAAAUGACUGCUGAAAAUUACGAUGUUGAACUUUGCGCGUCUGAUAUAUUUAAAUUUUUAUUCUUAAAUAAUAUAAACUGUACAAUGAUUAUGAUGGAUGAUGAAGUGGUAUUUAAAAAAGGAUCUGAUAAAUCCAUUAUUAAAUAUGUAACAUAUGGACUUGUUUUAAAUUCAUUCAGGCUAUUUUUCAACACAAAAGUUAUUGAUUGUAUUAAUGAUACAGGAAUAUGGACUUGUCAUAUUUGUAAAACUAAUAAAUCCAGAAGAUAA